UUGUUUUGUCUCGUAAGUAAGAGAUAGAAAGAAAGAGAGAGCAGUUUGGCUUUGUUUUGAAGAUGGCUUCACAUGUUCAUGGGUUCAGGUUUAAUCCCACUGAUGAAGAGCUCAUCAAGAUUUUAGACAGAAAAGCUUCUGAGCAAGAAAUGCCUCUGGAAUUCAUUGUCCACACCAAUCUCUACGACCAGGAACCCCAACACCUUGAAUGGAAUGACAAUCCGAGUUUAGGGAAUAAUGAGAGAUACUACUGUUGCAAGAGGGAAAAUGAUUCAAGAGAAGUAGCAGGAAGAGGAUGGUGGAAAGCUACGAGCCAUGUCAAGAAAAUUUAUGUUAAUGUAGUUCUUGUUGGCUGCAAAAGGCCUUUAACAUUUCAUAGGUACAGGGACAAUGAUAGAAACCGCAAGAAUGCCAUCAAGACCAAUUGGAUAAUGCAUGAGUAUAGCCUUGAAUCAAAAAUAACGGAAUGGAGACUUUGCAAGAUCAUACACAAGGGGAAGCCAAGCAUACAUGAGGAGAUGGAGAAUAUCAGGCAACAUUUUGAAGCAGCAGGCAGUUCAGUGGACAGUCAAUUGGGUUCUGAAAGAGAGAGAGCGCAGCAAGAAUGCUCCCCUGCUUUACCUGCAGUAAAUUCAACAAUGCCAAGUUACAGCCAGUACUACUGGCACCUGCAGCAGUUCCCACAAAGCCCAUAUCGUAUUCCUUACCAUCAAAACUUGGAGAGUACUGGUUACUAUUUCAAUGAGCAGCAAGGGCUGUCAUUAGAGCCCAGCAGUGAGGAACAAUUUGGUGGCAGCCUUUGGCCUUGGCAAAAUUAGACUGUCUUGUCACAUAACUUCCUUUUUUAUUUUUGUUUUCGAUAUGGAAUCUGUGCAAAUAAAUUUAAGCAUCCCUUUUGAACUACGGACCUCCAACACAUAGUAGGAUUCGUUGUGUUAGUUUGGUUCGUAUUAGUUCUAUAUUUGCGAUGUCUAGUAAAUGGUUAUGACAUGUGUGAUCUCACUUGUUAUUCCUCUUCUUCCUUAAUAUAGUUACCACCAGCAAUCUUGUUGUGCAUUA